AUGGAAGGGGCCCCGAUGCACCUGUCAUCGCGCCUGAGGCAUGGGAAGCCUUGUGCGGACGUCGCCACGUUUUGCCGCCUGUGGAGGGUAGCUUCCGCGAGGGAGAUGUCCCCGACGACCCCGCCACCCCGCCCGAGGCACACGUUGCUCGGGAAUCGAGACUCCCAGAGGGUGCCAGCCUGGGGUGCGUCGCCAAAUUUUGCUACAGGAGCCAGGCAGCACGGGGCGCAGCAGAACGGCCACUACGGCCACUUUCGGGGCUACAGCGUGCGCGACUACAACGGCAGCCAGCGGGACAACGGCCUCAGGGACGACUGCGUCAACCACGGGCCUUUGGCCCCCGUCUUCCUCCUUCCCCGAGGUCGCCGAGCCGCAGCAGGCGCGACAAGGACAAGUCGAAGGACGUCUCCGACAGGGCGAAGGACCCCA